AUGUAUAAAGGGAACCCCACAGAAGCCAAAAGUAGCACAGGGAAGAGAAUAACAAGACCGUAUAGUUAAUAAAAGGAGUAUAUAGAUAUUAAGUCUUCACUUAAAUAGGAUUCGUAUUCAUGUGAAAAGACAAACCAGUCUACAAUAUUGAAAAGCAAAGUGUCUAGCAAAUAAUAAGUUAAGAAUAAAAUGAAACCAACAUAAACGCGAUUUUAUUAUUAAUAACCUUAGAGUUUAUAAACAACCCAUCGUUAUAAUCAUUCUCCAUAUGUUAAGCCUCAUUAAUAAUAACAAUUAUUUGAGUUGCAGAAAACCAUUAUGGCUGAUUCUAACAGAAUGGGAAAUCUUGUAAAUUAAAUGAAGUCUCACUCUUAAUAAAAAAAAAUCCCAUAACAGAUUUAAAUGCAUCAUAAAUCAUAUUAAACAAAUUGCAAAGAAAAAUAAACCCAAAGUUUAAAUGGGAGUUUUGAAUUGAAGAAAAGGAUAUUUACCGCAAAUUAGGAUGUUAAUACAUAAAUUAAUAUGAUUGCAAAGUCCAAUAGAGCACAAUCUGUUCUUGAUGAAUAUAAAACCACUGCAAUUGAACUGUAAUAAACAAUGAGGAUCCCAGAACCAAUCUUACCUCAAAGAAUAAUACCCUAUGAUUCAGAAACUGAAUUCGAAGGAUACAGAAAGGGAGACUUUUUAACCUUCCAGUCAGAGGAUGAAAGUGAAAGCGAGGAUCUACUAAGAAAAGCUGGAAUAGAGCAUUUCUUAAAAAACCUAACAGAUAAGGAAAUUUUGUUAUUGGAAAAAUAUAUUUACUUACGAAAAUAUGAUAUGAUAGCUAGAAAUCCUAGAACAUCGAAAUAGAACGACCAGUUUUUUCAGAAUAACAAUACUUCAAGAACUUCUUAAUAAUAUUAGUAAUAAUAAUAUGGCAAAAUUAGUAGACAAACUAAAAAAUGA